AUGGUUGCGCAUCCUUCUGGCGCACUGAUUCAUCUAUCGAUGGACAAUGCCAAGACAAUUAUCAGUGUGCUUAAGGCUGUCCAAUUUCGGGAUUUAGCCACUGUGUUUGCUACAACAAAUGGCCUGAAGAUCACCGUGGAAGAUGCUAAAUGUAUCCAGGGUAACGCUUUUUUACACGCGGGGUUAUUUCGCGAGUUUCAUUUGGCUCGUGAUAUAAUCUCAUUCAAAAUGAACAUUAAUGUACUGAUUUCAGAAUGCAUGCGUGAGGCCUUCAGUGAGUUGGAUAUGUCCAGUGAGGUAUUGGAACUCGCUUUGCUCCCCCCACCGGCGAUACAACCUCGUUUGCGGCUAACCACCUAUGGUCUAGCUGGUACUAUGCAUUUCGAUUUACCGCGUACAUCCGACCAAGUUGAAGUGUUUGAAUCCAGUUCCGGACAGCCGAGAUUAGCGCGGUAUCGUCUUUCGCUACUUCGUCCCGCCACCAGUCGUGCAUUGGCUAUGGCCACACGGAUCUCAAUUCGGGUGAAUGAGCGUGGUUUCUUGUCCAUGCAAUUCAUGCUCAAUUUACCGGAUGGACAAGUAGCGUUUGUGGAAUUCUUUUGCGUACCGGACGAGGAUGAGGCCGACGAGCCUGAUCCGCCUGCUGUGGAGCAGAAUUCCGUACUGCCUCAACCAGGACCAUCAUCCACAAGACCACCUCAGAGCGUGUUUGAACCGGAUUGGAGUGACUGA